CAACUCCCUAGCACCACUAUAUAUGGCCAUCACCAUGGCAGCCCAGAAUGGAAACACUAGUUUUGCACCCAACUUCAAUUCACCCCAAGACCAUGCCUCCUCCCUUCCCUUCAACUUCAGUUAUGGUGAUUAUGACCUCCCUCUGGAUGAGGAUGAAGACAUGACCAAGACCAGGACUUUCUUCGCAGCCAAGAUUGUCAUUGGCAUGGCACUGGCAGGCAUCAUGCUGGUCUGUGGUGUUGGCAACUUUGUCUUUAUUGCCGCCCUUGCCCGCUAUAAGAAGCUACGCAACCUCACUAACCUGCUCAUUGCUAACCUGGCCAUCUCCGACUUCCUGGUGGCCAUCGUCUGCUGCCCCUUUGAGAUGGACUACUAUGUGGUGCGCCAGCUCUCCUGGGAGCAUGGCCACGUGCUCUGUGCCUCGGUCAACUACCUGCGCACUGUCUCACUCUACGUCUCCACCAAUGCCCUGCUGGCCAUCGCCAUUGACAGGUAUCUCGCUAUCGUUCACCCCUUGAAACCACGGAUGAAUUAUCAGACAGCCUCCUUUUUGAUUGCAUUAGUCUGGAUGGUAUCCAUUCUCAUUGCCAUCCCAUCAGCCUAUUUUGCAACAGAAACUGUCCUGUUUAUUGUCAAAAGUCAGGAAAAGAUCUUCUGUGGCCAGAUCUGGCCCGUAGACCAGCAGCUCUACUAUAAGUCCUAUUUCCUCUUCAUCUUUGGUAUUGAGUUUGUGGGUCCUGUUAUCACCAUGACCCUGUGCUACGCUAGGAUCUCCCGGGAGCUUUGGUUCAAGACAGUCCCUGGCUUCCAGACAGAACAGAUCCGGAAGCGGCUGCGCUGCCGCAGGAAGACAGUCCUGGUACUCAUGUGCAUCCUCACUGCCUACGUACUGUGCUGGGCACCCUUCUAUGGCUUCACUAUUGUGCGUGACUUCUUCCCCACUGUGUUUGUGAAGGAGAAGCACUACCUCACAGCUUUCUAUGUUGUUGAGUGCAUUGCCAUGAGCAAUAGCAUGAUCAACACUGUGUGCUUUGUGACCGUCAAGAAUAACACCAUGAAGUACUUCAAGAAGAUGAUGUUACUCCACUGGCGUCCCACCCACAAUGGGAGCAAGUCCAGUGCUGACCUUGACCUCAAAACCAGUGUCAUGCCUGCCACUGAAGAGGUGGACUGUAUAAGGCUGAAGUGACUUGCCAGCAUUUCACAAUUGAAAACCCAAAAGCACCACAUACCAUCAAUCA